AUGCCUGCGGGCAAAUACUUCCAUGGCCGUCGGCAAGCCCCACCGCCAGUAUCUGCUAAGGAUGAAGAUGAGCUUCCGCUCUCUCAAGGGGCACCCCUGCCCCCACCGACCCAACUGGAUCGGCCCCGCGAGUGUGUAAACCGCUUCCAAACGCCGCCAUUCUCGGUGCUGUGUAGUGUCAUGGACCGACUGCGGACGGAAGAGGCGGGGAAGCGCAAGGACAUCCUCCUUCGAUUCAUGAAUCAGUGGCGAGUGAAGGUGGGGAAUGACCUGUAUCCUCUGAUUCGCCUCCUUCUGCCCGAUCGCGACCGAGAACGACCUGUUUAUAAUCUCAAGGAGGCCAUGCUUGCCAAGUGCUACAUCGAGGUGCUAGGUAUCGAUAAGCACUCUGAAUCUGCCCAGCGUCUUAUCAAGUGGAAGCAGCCCGUCGAGGGCCAGACGGAUGGUGGCGCCGGAGACUUCGCUCGCGUGUGCUACCACGAGAUCGCGGCACGAUCAACUGUCGAGGAAGGCAAGUUGUCAGUUGAGGCGGUGAACACCCUGCUCGACCGCCUAGCAGCAGGAAAGAUGAAGCAAGCCGAUUACGUGCCUAUCCUGCGUCGUAUCAAUGAACAGUGCACCCCCAGCGAGCAGGAGUGGAUCAUUCGCAUUAUUCUGAAAGACCUCCGCAUUUCGAUCCGUGAGAAAGGAGUGUUCUCUUGCUUCCAUCCCGACGCGGCAACGCUCUUCAACGUGUGCUCUGAUCUGAAGCGCGUCUGCUGGACAUUGUACAAGCCCGAGAUUCGUCUUGAAAAAAGUCAAGCGAAUAUCGAGCUAUUCCGAUGUUUCCUCCCGCAGCUGUGUCACCGGUCGCCAUCGUCUUCCCACGACACAAUUGCCAAGCUCGUCGGUGCCCCAAAUGCGGAGUUCAUCAUGGAGGAAAAGCUUGACGGUGAACGGAUCCAACUUCACAUGCGGGGUAGCGGGACCGAGUGGUUUUACUGCUCUCGCAAGGCAAAAGAUUACACGUACCUCUACGGCUCCCACAUUGGCGAGGGUAGUCUCACCCAAUACUUGGCAGGCGUGUUUCAGGACGAUGUUCGCAACAUUAUCCUCGAUGGCGAGAUGAUGGUGUGGGACCCGAUUCUGGAGAAAUAUUUGGCAUUUGGAACGCUGAAGACCGCGGCAAGUGAUCGAGUGGCCGACGACAUUUCCCCUCGCCCAUGCUUCAAGGUCUUUGACAUCUUGUAUCUCAACGACAGGUGUCUCACGGGAGCUCGUCUGUCAGAGCGAAAACGGUUGCUUAAAUCUGGGCGAAUCUUUCGGGAUAUCGACGACUAUAGAGGUCGCAUCGAGUUUGUUGACGAGGAAAGAGGCAAGACCGGCAAGGAUAUCCGGGCGACGCUCGAGCGCAUUCUGGAAUCAAAGGGCGAGGGCAUUGUCGUGAAACGCGCCGAUAGCCAAUAUGUGACUAAUUCUCGAGCGUCGGACUGGGUCAAGGUCAAACCUGAGUAUGCAGACCAAAUGGGAGAGAACCUUGAUUUGCUUGUUCUUGGAGGCUGGUGGGGAAAAGGUGGUCGCACCGGCAAGAUUUCAUCCUUAUUGCUCGGGCUGCGUGUCCCUCAAGAAGACGAUGGCUCCGGCAAGCUUCCGCAGUUUGAGACGUUUGCAAAGGUCGGGUCCGGGAUGAGCUACGAGGAUUACGAGAGCAAGCAUAAGCAGGACUGGAAACCCUUUGAUCGCAAGAAUCCGCCACCUUGGAUGAAGGUAAGCGCAAUUGGCUUUGAUGAUAAACCCGAUGUGUACAUCGAGCCCGAUAAGUCAUUUGUCAUGGAGGUCAAGGCAUCGGAGAUUGUUGCGUCAGCGACGGGCUAUGGUUGCGGUUACACCCUGCGGUUCCCCCGCUGUCGCUUCAUCUUUUGGGAUCGCUCAAGUCGCGACCAGCCGGCGAGCGAGGCUCACCGCGACCGAGAUAUGUGGAACUGCCUCAGCCUUGAUGAGUUCAAGACGUUGCUCCAAAAUCCCAAAAAGCGGUACAUGGAUGACGAGAAUGGAACGUCGACGCGAAAGAAGCGUAGACUACCGCAAACUCGGAAGAAGGUUGAGUUGUUGUCGGAUUUCAAAGGGCAGAGUCUGCCCGACGACGGUGUCGAAGAUCAUAUCUUCCGCGACAUCACCUUCUUCAUCCCGAAGGAUGCUCCUGGCUAUAGCAAACAGGAGCUCGAGGAGCUUGUAUUCAAGCACGGAGGAGACUACACCCAAGCUCAGCUCGCGGACAACUCUGCCAUCGUCAUCUCAAGUGACAACAAGACACCACGCGUGACUGCCCAGAUUCGCAAGGGGAUCAGUGUCGUGAAGCCGCAGUGGAUCCUUGAAUCCAUCAAACGAAAGCGGCCUAUUCCUCUGCUUAAAGAGCUUCUUGUUUUCGCGUCCGAGGACGCAUCGAACCAGCGCUACUUCAACAUGACUCUGGACGAGAUGGACAAAGUGUCGCUUGUGCGGGACCGCACAGGGUCGGCGUUGAUUCCUGCGUAUGACAGGGACAAUGAGUCCAAGCUCGGGUCUUCUCCCACAAUGGAGCCCUCUCCGCCGCAAAUGUCGCAGACAGAGGAGCGCGCUGCGGCUCGGGAUGCAGAAUGGGGUCUUCAGCAGCCUUCCAGUCACUCCUCUACCGUUAUCGCAUCAGCUGAUUCUGAUGAGGAGACGGAGGACGAACGCCAGGUGUUACGCGAGAAUGACGAAGACGAGGAGGUGUACGACGACGAUGACGGUGAAGAGUACCAGCCAAUGGGUAACGGUGCCGACGACUACGAUGAGGAUCUGAUUUUUACCCACCUCGUCUUCUACAUGGACACAGCAGCCAACGCCGCGCGCAACGGACUAGCGAAGAGCUCACCUCCUGAAGAAGCGACGCAGCGCCUUGUUGAGGCGGAGGAGAAGCUACGGGCCCACGGUGGCCGUGUCACGGACGACGUGGAUGACCCGGCCCUCACGCACAUUAUUAUCGACGACGAUGACUCGAGGCGCUACGUUGAACUUAUGCGGCGCACGGCCAAGCCCAAGCUGAAGCACAUUGUGCUGCCUUCCUGGGUAGACGAGAGUCUAGAUGAGGACACGCUCAUGGACGAGGACUCCCACAAACCCAAGUAG